AUGUUGACUACCCCUGAAGCGUGUGCCUUCCUCACACCUUUGUUCUCUCAAACGUUACCACGCCUCGUUAACCACGCCUCGGGGGAAUACUGCCUUCACAAUGCUGGCCCUCAACGUCAGCUGGCCCUCAACGUCAGCUGGCCCUCAACGUCAGCUGGCCCUCAACGUCAGCUGGCCCUCAACGUCAGCUCACCAACAACGUCAGCUGGCCCUCAACGUCAGCUCGCCCACAACGUCAGCUCGCCCACAACGUCAGCUCGCCCACAACGUCAGCUCACCCACAACGUCAGCUGGCCCACAACGUCAGCUCGCCCACAACGUCAGCUCGCCCACAACGUCAGCUCGCCCACAACGUCAGCUCACCCACAACGUCAGCUGGCCCACAACGUCAGCUCGCCCACAACGUCAGCUCGCCCACAACGUCAGCUCACCCACAACGUCAGCUCGCCCACAACGUCAGCUCGCCCACAACGUCAGCUGACCCACAACAUCAGCUGGCCCACAACGUCAGCUCACCAACAACGUCAGCUGGCCCACAACGUCAGCUGGCCCACAACGUCAGCUGGCCCACAACAUCAGCUGGCCCACAACGUCAGCUGGCCCACAACAUCAGCUGGCCCACAACGUCAGCUGGCCCACAACGUCAGCUGGCCCACAACAUCAGCUGGCCCACAACGUCAGCUCACCAACAACGUCAGCUGGCCCACAACGUCAGCUGGCCCACAACGUCAGCUCACCAACAACGUCAGCUCACCAACAACGUCAGCUCACCAACAACGUCAGCUCACCAACAACGUCAGCUCACCAACAACGUUAGCUCACCAACAACGUCAGCUGGCCCACAACGUCAGCUCACCAACAACGUCAGCUGGCCCACAACGUCAGCUCACCAACAACGUCAGCUCACCAACAACGUCAGCUCACCAACAACGUCAGCUCACCAACAACGUCAGCUCACCAACAACGUCAGCUGGCCCUCAACGUCAGCUGGCCCACAACGUCAGCUCACCAACAACGUCAGCUCACCAACAACGUCAGCUGGCCCUCAACGUCAGCUGGCCCUCAACGUCAGCUGGCCUCAACGUCAGCUGGCCCACAACGUCAGCUCACCAACAACGUCAGCUGGCCCUCAACGUCAGCUGGCCCACAACGUCAGCUCACCAACAACGUCAGCUCACCAACAACGUCAGCUGGCCCUCAACGUCAGCUGGCCCACAACGUCAGCUCACCAACAACGUCAGCUCACCAACAACGUCAGCUGGCCCUCAACGUCAGCUGGCCCACAACGUCAGCUGGCCCUCAACGUCAGCUGGCCCACAACGUCAGCUCACCAACAACGUCAGCUCACCAACAACGUCAGCUGGCCCUCAACGUCAGCUGGCCCACAACGUCAGCUCACCAACAACGUCAGCUGGCCCUCAACGUCAGCUCACCAACAACGUCUGCUGUCCCACAACGUCAGCUGGCCCUCAACGUCAGUUGGCCCACAACGUCAGCUGGCCCACAACGUCAGCUCACCAACAACGUCAGCUCACCAACAACGUCAGCUCACCAACAACGUCAGCUGACCCACAACGUCAGCUGGCCCACAACGUCAGCUGGCCCACAACGUCAGCUCGCCCACAACGUCAGCUCACCAACAACGUCAACUGA